GGACUUGGAUGGACAAUCAUUCACAAUAAGUGGGUGUGGGGAUGGGGAUGUGGAUUGAGAAGGAGGAGCUUGAGUAUGUGUUGGUUCCGUUGGGUAUGUUGGUGUUCGUGAUGUACCAUGUUUGGCUUCUCUACACUAUUCUCCGCACUCCUCUCCGAACUGUCAUUGGCCUCAACGCCCACUCUCGCCACCAGUGGGUUCUAUGCAUGAUGAGUGAUCCGCUGAAGAAUGGGGUUUUGGCAGUUCAAACCAUACGCAACAACAUAAUGGCAUCCACUCUUCUUGCCACAACAGCAAUCACACUGAGUUCUCUGAUUGGAAUCUUUGCUACCAGCACUGGCGCUUCAGAGGGCAUGCCUUUUAUACCUUACACAGCCACUUCCAUCAAACAAAUCUGCAUCACAAUUUGCUUCCUUAUUGCAUUUCUAUGCAAUGUGCAGUCCAUAAGAUACUAUGCCCAUGUCAGCUUCCUAAUCACGGCGCCUACGGUCGGAGACCAAAGGGAGCAUAUGGAAUACAUUGGCAAGAUCCUCAACCGGGGAAGCCAUUCUUGGUCCCUCGGAUUGCGGGCCUUUUAUCUCUCAUUUCCUCUCUUCCUAUGGAUUUAUGGUCCCAUACCUAUGUUUGCUUGUUGUUGCUUCACCUCAUUUAGUUUGUACUUCUUGGACACUACAGCUAAAGUUACAAGGGAUCUUCACAGUAACUCAUUCAGGAAAGAGACCCCAUCAACUCAUCAUGAUGAUGAUGAUGAUGCACACUCUGCACUCCAUUCUCCUUAUUAUUCCUUACCCGGUAACAACAACUCGUCUCCAAAUUUAGCUGCGGAUAAUCAUGUAUAACUAUGUAACAGUUUUGACCCUAUUAUUAUGUAAUGUCAAUGCUUGUGGAAUGCCAUUAACUUGGUGCAUCAUCAUGCACCAGGAUAGUAAUGCAUUGGAUUUUGCAGAGUUGAUCUCUGUUACAUCAAUAAUCAUACAAGAGUUGAUCACA